AUGGCUGGUACAACUGCACUGCGACUGCAAGUUGAUGCAUGGCAGGAGAACAUCCGUGAUUGGUGCAUUUCCCGCCAGCUCCGGUGGGGCCACCGCAUCCCCGCAUGGUACGUCACCUUCAACCAAUCAGACAAGGCUGCCGCCCGUGACUUCCCCGUCCGCGAAUUCGGCGCAUACAACACCAACUGGGUCGUCACCCGCACCGACGAAGACGCGCGCCGGGCAGGCGAAAAGAAGUUCCUGGGCAGGAAAUUUGAGCUCGGGCGGGACCCGGAUGUGCUCAACACGUGGUUUUCGUCGGGGCUGUUUCCAUUUUCAGCGUUUGGGUGGCCGGAGGAGACGGCUGACUUCAAGACAUUUUACCCAACCGCGCUGCUGGAGACGGGGCAUGACACUCUGUUCUUCUGGGUCGCGAGAAUGGUAUUCAUGGGGCUGAGACUCACUGGGCAACUGCCAUUUAAGCAGGUGUAUCUGCAUGCCAUGUGGAUGAACAUCAAUCUGAACAUCGAGCAAGCUACCGCCUCUGGUGCUUUUGCCAAUUCUCAAAGGCAACAAGCUGUGGUUGUGAGACGACUCACUCAAUGCUCACCUACCCCAUCUCCUCCCGUCUCCUCCCCUCUUCCGGCCCUCUCGUUUCUCUCUUCCCUUGCUCCUCCCUCCUCCCUCCUCCCUCCUCCCUCCUCCCUCCUCCCCUCAGUUGAUGAACAUCAACCUGGACAUUCAGCAAGUGCACGGCUACCGCGUCUGGUGCAACAAGCUGUCGAUUGGAUGAACAUCAACCUGGACAUUCAGCGAGUGCACGGCUACCGCCUCUGGUGCAACAAGCUCUGGAAUGCAAUCCGCUUCGCCAUGUUUAACCUCGGGGACUCCUUCACGCCCCCGUCCGUGCUCCCCCAACCCACUUCCUCCGAUUCCUCCUCCUCUCCUGCCCUCACUCCCAUGCUCAACUUUGCCUUUUCUGCACCGCUCCCCCUGUCCUGUCGCUGGAUUCUCUCGGUGCUGAAUGUUGUGGUUACGCGUGCGGUAACUGCACUGGAGGGGUAUGACCUGGCAGAGGCGACCAACGCGGCGUACGUGUGGUGGCAGUACCAGCUGUGUGACGUGUUCAUUGAAGUGGCCAAGCCAGCUUUCAAUGCAGCCGAAGGGGAGGAAGCCCUGAAGCUGAAGCAGGUGGGUGGGUGGUUGUUGCCAGACAGGGAGGAGGCCCUGAAAUUGAAGCAGGUGACGCGCGAAGUCCUCUGGGUGUGUCUCGACGUUGGCCUCCGUCUGCUCGACCCCUUCAUGCCAUUCGCCACGAAGGAGCUCUGGCCUUUUCUUUCCCCUCACCUCCAUGUUGGACUCUCACUACCCUCCACCCACGCUGGCCUCCGGCUGCUGCACCCGUUCAUGCCAUUCGUCACGGAGGAGCUCUGGCAGUGCCUGCCCAAGCCAGCGGACUACUCGUGGCCGUCCAUCAUGCUCGCACCUUAUCCUUCGCCCGUCAAGGUAAGGAAAAGCAGCUCUCACCCGUUAGAAGAAUCACCAGCGCGAUCCAUGUCAGUUAAAAGCACUCACUGCACCCCUUCAUGCCAUUCGUCACGGAGGAGCUUUGGCAGCGCCUGCCCAAACCCGCCGACUACUCGUGGCCCUCCAUCAUGCUCGCCCCCUACCCCUCGCCCGUCAAGGUACGCGAAGCAGAAGAAUCCCUUCCCACUCGGUCAAGUCAGCAGCCUAUCACUCUCACUGCUGCAUCCCUUCAUGCCAUUCAUCACGGAGGAGCUCUGGCAGCGCUUGCCCAAGCCAGCCGACUACUCGUGGCUGUCCAUCAUGCUUGCCCCCUACCCCUCGCCCGUCAAGAUCCUCUCCCACACUUUCACCCCUAUUCACGCAUUUGCACCCCUCUUCAUGCUUCUGCAUCCCUCUUCACGCCUCUCCACCCCUCUUCACCACACUUCACUCACCAACAGGAGAAGGCAGAGCUAG